AGCUGUCCAACUCCGAACAGCUGAAAGAAACCAGCGUGAAGUCUGGAUGUGUUUCCUGGUUCCUCAUGAAACACGACUGUAAACUUAUAUUAGAUUGUGCUCUGGUCUCGGGGCCCAGGCCAAACACAAACUGCUGGCUCACAGUGUUUUUAUUUUCGAGCCCUCGUCAAAUACGCUGUUCAAACAGUUCGCAGCAUCUGCUAACAGCAGCUAGGUUAGCUUAGCGAGCUAACCGGCAGACUGUCUUGACGGUCAGAUAGCCGGGUCGGAGAGGGCUUUGAAGGAGGUCUGUUGGCGUUAAUAAUCUGCGGAACAAAUGGUUGCACAGUAACCGAAGACAGGACACCUCAAGAUUUUGGAAGUUAAGAAGACCAACGUUUGCGUCAAGCUAACGUUGACGGCCAGGUUAAUACAUCUGCUAACCGCAGCUAGCAGUAGCGUGAGGUGAGUCAACCCAGGUGCGUCGGGACCAAUACAAGAGAUGGCCAGUAAUCCCGUGGCAGGCUUUACCUGCCAGGCUAAUGGAGACGACACACCGGGACGGGUAUCCGGUUCUGGCCACUCAUCUCGCCACCAGUCCGAGUCCGAGUCCGAUGUUGGCCUGACUGUCAAAAGCUUAGCACGGCUGUGCAGCAGGGACGAAGACGAGCGAGCAGCGGCUCUGGAGGAGUUGAGCCAAGGGGUUCUGUUGUGUUUAGGACUGGACCGGCCCGGCUCGGCACGGCUGAGUAAACAGACACUCCUGCAUCUGCUUCGGCUGUCCAGGUCGUGCCCGCUGCAGGAGGUGCGGGAGAGAGCGACCGAGCUGCUGCGAGCCGCACAGGUGCAAGGAGUUGAAGUUCCUCGGGUUCUGGCAUCAGGUCCAAGUUCCUUUAUCCAUGUAAAACAGAUGUUGAAAGAAGGGCCAGACCAGGACAUCCUCAUCGAGUCCUUUCUGUCAUUGGGUCGCGUGGACCAUAUCACCGUGGUGAUGGCGCUGCACCCUGCUUACCUCAGCUGCUUUCUGAGGACCCAGCAUGCUUUGUUGGAGCUGGACGGCCCGUUGCCCCGACACUGGAGACAUUACAUUGCUAUUAUGGCUGCAGCUCGACACCACUGCCAGUACCUGGUCCAGCAGCACAGCGCCGGCUUCCUAGAGGCUGGAGGGGAGGAGAGCUGGCUGAGCGGCCUCGAGCAUGCUCCCACCAAACUCCGCAGCCUGCAAACACUCAACAAGCUGCUGGCACACAAACCCUGGCUCAUCACACAGCAGCACAUCCAGGAGCUGGUGUGUCCCGGAGCAGAGCCUCGCUGGUCAUUGGCUGAACUCAUACAUGCCGUGGUCCUGAUGGCACACGCUCACUCGCUCUGCUCUUUUGUGUGGGGCUGCGGCUUAAACCCUGAACCCGACCACAAUGGAGGCUAUACCUUCCAACCUCCAUCGCCCAGCCACCUCCCUCGUAGCCCUCAUAGCCCCGCUCAUGAGGACGGCAGGCAAGAGUUGGUUGACGGCGCGAUGGAGGUGGAGGUCUUGAUGAAGAGGAUGGUGGAGCUGCAGCAACAGCAGGAGGAGGAGGAGUGCACACAGGAGGAGAUGGUUACACGCUUUGAAAGGGAGAGGAGCGAGAGCAUACCGACAGCGGUGGUGCGUGGAGCACCGCCUGACCUGGUGCUGCGUCUGGUGGAGGAUCCAGAGUUCAGAUACGAGGACUUUGCUCCCAGAGGAGAGCAGGCACCGCCCACCAUGAGAGCCCAGGACUAUUCAUGGGAGGAUCACGGCUUCUCUCUGGUCAACAGACUACUGCCAGACAUGGGCCAACUCCUGGAUGAAAAAUUCCAGGUUGUGAGCAGCUUGACCUACCACAGGAUGGCCAUGCAUGAGGGCGUGGACACUCACACCCUGAGAAAAGCUCUGUGGAACUACAUCCACUGUCUGUACGGGAUACGCUAUGAUGAUUAUGAUUACGGCAGCGUGAAUGUGCUGUUGGAGCGCUCUCUGAAGGUGUUUGUUAAAACCAUGGCCUGUCGCCCCGAGCAGACCACGGCACGCAUUUACCACGCCUUCUGGAGACACUUCAGACACUCUGAAAAGGUUCAUGCAAACCUGAUAGUGAUGGAAGCCCGGCUACAAGCAGCUCUUCUUUAUACCUUACGAGCCAUCACACAUUACAUGAGAUGACACACUCACUCACACGUUUCUGCAGAUGCUGAGCCAGCUGUGACUUACCACAGCCCAAUGCGUAACACAUCACAGAUAGACAAUCUUGCACACACACUACAGUGAAUGUUUUUGCAUAUCUUAUGUUUCAGUGUUAAUGUUCCGAUGCUGCUUUUCAACUUGGAUAUAUAUUUAAAAUUUCUUUCUUAGUUUGCACUGAAAUUUAUCAGGUUUUGUUUCCCCACUUGAGCCUCAAGUGUUGUUCUGAAUAUCUUGCACAUGUUUCUGUCACACACACCCAGUUAUCUGCAUCCUACUAUCAUGCAUAUCUAACGAAAUAAUUAUGAUUCAAGUGUUUCCUUUGCAGAAUGUUUACUGUUUGACUGUCUGUUGAGGUUAGUAUGUGUUCACCACACCAUGACUACUCACGCCUCAGCCCUCUGUGUCGGCAGCACGCAGAGGCUGAGAUCAAAAAAGACAAAAUAACUUGUAUUUUUAUAUACAAUAAAAAGUUACU